GAUGUUUACUCCAGGCAGGAGACUGAUAACUCAGUAGGAGUUACAAACAAGUAAUUCAGUACAACAUAAUACUGACUCUGGUGGAAGGAACACUGGAUGCUAAGCAGUGCUUAUGAGAGGUUCCCUAGACUGGGUGUCAGGGAAGACUUCCUGGAGCACAUAGCCUAAUAAUGCAAGCUUUCUGAGUGACAAUGGAUGCAGGUUAUGUGUACAGCGAAGAUAUUCCCUCCAGCCGAUGCCCGAGAGAAGAAUUCCUAACCGAUACUUAGGCCAGCCCAGUCCUAUUACACACCCACACCUCCUCGGGCCAGGAGAAGUAACACCAGGACUGUCUCAGGUGGAAUACGCACUUCGCAGACACAAACUAAUGUCCCUGAUCCACAAGGAAACGGAAGGGCAGAGUGGAACAGAUCAGACAGUGGUUGUGCUUUCCAACCCUACAUACUAUAUGAGCAAUGACAUCCCUUACACUUUCCACCAAGACAACAACUUCCUGUACUUGUGCGGAUUCCAAGAGCCUGAUAGCAUACUGGUCCUUCAGAGUCUCCCUGGCAAGCAGUUGCCAUCGCAUAAGGCCAUUCUUUUUGUGCCUGGGAGAGACCCCAGUCGAGAACUUUGGGAUGGCCCACGAUCCGGCACAGAUGGAACAAUCGCCCUCACUGGAGUGGAUGAAGCUUAUACACGAGAGGAAUUUCAACACCUAUUGCCAAAACUGAAAGCUGAGAGCAAUACCGUGUGGUAUGACUGGAUGAAGCCUUCUCAUGCACAGCUCCAUGCUGACUACAUGCAGCAUCUAACCGAGGCCAAAGCCAGGAGUAAGAAUAAGGUUCGGGGUGUCCAGCAGCUGAUACAGCGCCUCCGGCUGAUGAAAUCUCCUGCAGAAAUUAAGAGAAUGCAGAUUGCUGGAAAGUUGACGUCACAGGCUUUCAUAGAGACCAUGUUUGCCAGCAAAGCCCCUGUGGAGGAAGCCUUUCUUUAUGCUAAGUUUGAAUUUGAAUGCCGGACUCGAGGAGCAGACAUCCUCGCUUACCCACCUGUGGUUGCUGGUGGUAAUCGCUCAAACACUUUGCACUACGUGAAAAAUAAUCAACUCAUCAAGGAUGGUGAAAUGGUGCUCCUGGAUGGAGGUUGUGAGUCUUGCUGCUAUGUAAGUGACAUCACGCGCACCUGGCCUGUCAAUGGCAGAUUCACCACACCUCAGGCAGAACUAUAUGAAGCUGUCCUAGAGAUCCAGCGAGGCUGUCUGAGCCUCUGCGUGCCUGGGACAAGCUUGGAGAAUAUCAACAGCUUGAUGCUGACACUGAUGGGUCAGAAGCUAAGAGAGUUGGGCAUUGUGAAGAGCAACAAGGAAAAUGCUUUCAAGGUUGCUCGAAAAUACUGCCCUCACCAUGUUGGCCAUUAUCUUGGGAUGGAUGUGCAUGAUACUCCAGAAAUGCCCCGUUCCCUCCCACUGAAACCUGGUAUGGUGAUCACAAUUGAGCCAGGUAUUUAUAUUCCGGAGGAUGACAGAGAUGCACCAGAGAAGUUCCGGGGGCUUGGUGUACGAAUUGAAGAUGAUGUAGUGGUGACCCAGGACUCACCUCUCAUCCUCUCUGCAGACUGUCCCAAAGAGAUAAGUGACAUCGAGCAGAUCUUCAGCAGGGCCUCUUGACUCCCACAGCAGCCUGAAAGCAUCUCAGGUUGGGGGGGGGGCAUGGCCUGGCACCCCUGCAUGAGCAUGGAGUGACUCGCUCUAUGUGUACACGUGUGUACACAUCCCAGAGGGAAGACAGCAGCACACCCGGCUUUUUCAUUUUUAGUAGGAAUCUGGGAAAGCAAACUUUGGAACUAUUUGUUACUGCAGUUUUACCAACAUUAAUUCUGUAGAACUAAUCUAAGUGAGUUUAAAAUUUUUAAACAGAAAAUAAGGUCUUAGUUACAUUUGUCCAUGCAUUCCAACUAACACUUUAAAUGCGUUAAGUUCUCUCUAGAUUCUUUCUUUUUUGUACUUAGAAUCACUUUUCUGAAAUCCAUUUAGUAUCAUAAAAUGCUUGUUUGAUGCCUACAUUUUGGAGCUAGUCACCAGGGUCUCUGCUAUGCUAAACACAGUCAGUGGAUUUUCCUUUACAUAUCUUCCUUCACUUCUGCAUGCUUCAACAAGAUUCGCGUAUCCACCAGAAUGCCACAGUCCAGAUUGCAGCAACACUAGCUAGCCAACAAAGCAGAUUGGGGCCUUUCUUGCCAUUGGUUGCCUAGUACCUGAAAAGCAUUAAGAUUCCUCGUAAGGAAGAAAUGAAAGAUU